AUGCUUCAGUCACAGUCCCUCACAGUAAAACCUAAGGACAAUUCAGCCAUUUCAAUAACCAUCGGAGUUUUGAAUACUCCCUCUGGAUCAUGUCAAUGGGAAGUUAUUUACGAUAAAUAUUAUCGUUUAGCCAAAAGUGAUAUGUCUAAUAAUAACCUCAAAUGUAUAGCAUUCUUUGCACCAAUUCCUGUUAAUGUAAAUUAUAUGAUAAGAACCGUAGAUAUAGAUACCGAUGAUAAAGUUUAUAUAUAUUCAAAUAAUAACAAUCUUCAAUACACUAUGGAAUCUUCAGAUUCUUACUCAUAUGUUACGAAUUCUUUUGCAUUAUUUUAUCGAACUGACAGCUAUUUAGUGUCGGGCUCAAUUACAGUUUAUGAUCAAGAUCUCUUCUCUUCCCCUGGAGAUUAUGCCCUUGAAGUAACAAACAACUUAACCUUGAAUAUUUUACCUCUUUAUUACUUGAUUGUUCAUAACUCGGAAGACUUUAAAGUCACAACUUCGAAACCAGUUACCAAUUUUCAAAACGGUUCAUAUUAUUUCCCAGAAUUAUCUCGGUUCGUUUUAGAGUCAUUAGAUAAGGCUCGUACUGCAUAUAUAACAGUAAUAAAGCCACCACUUCUCGAUUGCAACAGAAUCCUUAUCUACGAUGGCUUUGAAGCAACUUUUGCUUUAAAUGCUUCAGAAUAUAGCUCAGAUUGCUUUAUUCUAUCAGCCCCUUAUAUCGUAGAUUAUAGUCUCUACUCAAUGAACUUCACUGGUGAGGUAGAAAUCUAUAAUUCAAACGGAGAUUAUGUUUCGAAUCUUACUUCAUCAUCUGGGUUCAUCUGCCGUGGUUCUACAGUGUUUUUCCAGAUAACAUUCAAUAUUGAGCCAAAGGAAGGAACUGUUGGCCUUCAAAAUACUCAGAUUAUUUCCGCAAUUUUCGAAAACGAAGAAUUCAACAAUAACUUUUCGACACCUUUGACAACAAUCCAAGGAAAAACAUACAGCGGCACUUACAACAGAUUUAUAACUGGAUUUUAUGAAUAUUAUAUUCCAAAAUCUGGUUCAACUCUCAAUUUCAAGCGCUAUUCCUUAUAUAUAUUCCAUAACCCAUCACUCUUCACUGCUACAGGCUCCAGAUACUCAUUUCUUGGGGAAGGAUCUUCUGUUUUGAAUAUAACAGACUACGAUUACUCAGCUACGAUCAAACCACUUACAGACAUCAAUGUCCUUAACAUCAGUGUUCUCAACUACAAAGAUUUGGUGUUAUUCAGCCAGUGCAAUUCUGUAGACGUUGUCAGUGUUUCUUCCUCAUUAGAGAAUCACUUUGUUACUUCUUAUUCUAGCGGCGACUUCGCUGGCAAGACAAUUAAUUUCACAAUCCAACAAAAUCAGAGAAUUUGCAUUUGGUACGCUUCAUCAUCGCCCUUUUCAAUUUCUGCAUAUUCCGAUGGCUUGUAUGAGACAAACGCAUUCAUUUUCCAGCUUUUAUCCAAAGCAAGUUACUCAACUCCAUAUUAUUCAAGUUUGAUCCACUCCAGGGCCAUCUUUUCUCGAUGGACAACAGGGGACAUCAUUGAUGGAUCGGAUGACGGAGGUGCUUCUGUUUCUGCAAAGAAAACUCUGCAAAAAGACGUAAAUGAAACAGGAGGAAUCUUCAGAGGAACAAGAAGUUACAUGGACUUCCCAUUUGCAAACUACAGAGAUACUUCCAACUCGGUUUUGAACCUCGGACCAAGUGAAUCCAAACUGAAUUUCACUACUGCUCCAACAAAUGCACCAGGAGGACUUUCUGGAGUUCACAUAUUCCUAAUUGUACUUGCAGUGAUUGUUGUAGUAGUUGUUUGCGUAGUAGUUGUAUGCUUAGUUCACAGAUCCAACCAAUCAAAGGCGGAAAUGAACAAAAAGUUCAACUCAGACAAAGGUGAUGAACUAUCUGAUGUAGAGGACAAAGAAACUCAACAGACUGGGUACAUGUCUGGAACUCCUUCUCCUCAAAGCUCUGCUGCAACUACUACUACUGGUCAUAACUCUGCAACUUCUACUGUGAAUAGCACGGGAGUUGUUCCGGCUGAUCCAAACUUGAGGGUGUGGAAUCCGUACGAGAUUUCGCCGACUACAACAACUAAUGAAAAAUAG